UCAACACCAGUGGUGUUACAGUAUCACUUAUCUACAUCAUGGAGGCUCGAUACACGUGUAGUGUUGAUCGGAUUAUCUAUAGACAUGUUCGAAUUUAAAAGAUAGUACAUAUUAUUUCUUAUUUUUUUCAAGAAGACACGUAUAUUAUUAUUAUUAUUAUAAUUAUUUAUAUAUUUGUAUAAAAAUAAUAAAAAGAAAAAUGUUAACGACGAAGGUUUUCUUUCGGAAAACGAAGGGUGGUAAAGUCUUUAAGACUGUCCGGGAACAUUACCUCAGAGAUGAUAUUCACUGUGGUUCCAAAGCCUGUGAUAAAUGCUUGUACAGAAAUAAAAAUAUUAUUUUGGAUGAUGAAGAUUCCAGCGCAAAAAAUAUUAAACUCAUGCAACCCUAUUAUCUUCUGUUGGAUACCAAUAUUGUUUUGGACCAAAUUGACAUUUUGGAAGAAGAAGUUAUUUGUAAUGUCAUAAUCCUGCAAACGGUAUUAGAGGAAGUGAAACAUAAAAGUUCUACAGUAUAUAAAAAGUUGAAAAAUAUCAUUGGUGACACACAUAGAAAGUUUUAUGUAUUUGUAAAUGAACAUCACAAAGAUACUUACAUUGAACGUAAUCCUGGUGAAAGCAUGAACGAUAGAAAUGAUAGAGCUAUUCGACUUGCAACGAAGUGGUAUAACAAACACUUAAGUUCUAAUGGUUGUAAUAUUAAGACUGUGCUGUUAACAGAUGAUGCAAAAAAUAAAGAGCAAGCAGAAAAUGAAGGAAUACCAGUUUUAUCAAUGGAGGAAUAUGUGACUUCGCUGGAAAAUUCAAGCAUUUUAGCAGAUAAAUUAUGCAAACGCAGUUAUGGAGGAGAAAAGAGUGGGUUAGAAUUUUUUCCGUGUCAUCUUACGCCAGUUCAGUUACACAGUGGUAUAAAAAGUGGAAAAUACUUGCAAGGAACAUUUGCAAUAUCAAGAGAAAAUUUUUUGGAGGGAUAUGUAAAUACAGAAGGAAUGGAAAAACCUAUUCUUAUUCAAGGUCGAAGCAAUCUUAAUAGAGCUGUUGAUGGUGACACAGUUGCAAUAGAGCUUUUAGCAGAGGAUGAAUGGUCCUCACCAAGUGACAUUGUUCUGCAAGAUGAAGGAGAAGCGGAUGUGGAUGAUGUUUUAGAAACAGAAAAAGUAUUAGAUCAAAUUGUUACUUCCAACAAAAUGCAAAAAACACCCAGUGCAAAGAUUAUUGGUAUAAUUAGAAGAAAUUGGAGACAAUAUUGUGGGAUAUUACAACCUAGUAACAUUGAAGGGAAUGUAAAACAUCUAUUCGUCCCGGCCGAAAGGAAGAUACCUAAAAUUAGAAUCGAGACUAGACAAUAUCAUCUGUUGAGUAAACAAAGAAUUAUAGUUGCUAUCGAUUCAUGGCCACGUAACUCUAGGUAUCCUUUGGGUCAUUUCGUUCGUGCAUUGGGUGAGAUAGGAGAUAAAGUAACUGAAAAUGAAGUAAUAUUAUUGGAACAUGAUGUUCCGCAUAGUCGAUUUUCUGAUGCGGUUCUCAGCUCGCUUCCUAAAAUGCCUUGGUGCAUCACAGAAACUGAUUUAGCUCACAGGGAAGACCUUAGACAUUUGGACAUAUGUUCAGUUGACCCACCAGGAUGUACAGAUAUAGAUGAUGCACUCCAUUGUAAAGAAUUACCAAAUGGUAAUCUUGAAGUGGGUGUACACAUUGCAGACGUAACACACUUCAUCAGACCUGGUACAGCUUUAGAUAAAGAGGCGGCUUUGCGAGCUACCACCGUAUACUUAGUUGACACGAGAAUUCAAAUGAUCCCAGAAUUGCUUAGUACAAAUCUUUGUUCCUUAAGAGGGAAUGAAGAAAGAUUGGCAUUCUCUUGUAUAUGGGAAUUGGACAGAGACGCGAACGUAAUUACUACUAGAUACUGUAAGUCAGUAAUUUGUUCACGGGCAGCUAUGACUUAUGACGAAGCUCAACUUAAAAUAGAUGACAUCACUCAGCAAGACGUACUUGCACAGUCGUUGAGGAAUCUUAAUAAUCUAGCGAAGAAGUUAAAAAAGAAACGUUUAGAAAAUGGUGCGUUAGUGCUAGCUUCUCCAGAAAUUCGCUUUCAUGUUGACGACGAAACUCACGAUCCGAUUGAUGUGGAAGCAAAAAAAUUGAAGGAAACUAAUUCUAUGGUUGAAGAGUUUAUGUUGCUUGCAAAUACGUCGGUUGCUAAGAAAAUAGUGGAAGAAUUCCCGGAGUGUGCUGUGUUAAGAAGGCAUCCCGAACCACCACCUGCUAAUUUUGAACCUUUAAUAAAAGCUGGAAAAAAUCAGGGCUUCACUAUAAACACUAAUAGCGGAAAGGAAUUGGCCGAAUCUCUAGAUAAAUGUCACAAAGAGGGUAAUCCGUACUUCAACACUAUGUUAAGAAUAUUAGCUACUCGUUGUAUGAUGCAGGCUGUGUACUUCAUUAGUGGAAUGCAUCAACGAAGUGAAUACUUUCAUUAUGGUUUAGCAUGUCCUAUUUAUACCCAUUUCACUUCACCCAUUCGAAGAUAUGCAGAUGUAAUGGUUCAUCGUUUAUUGGCGGUAUGCAUAGGAGCUGACGCCACUUAUCCUGAUUUAUUGGAUAAGAAAAAGAAUCAGGCACUCUGUCAAAAUCUGAAUUACCGAAACAGAAUGGCUCAAUAUGCCGCUCGUGCAUCCGUUGCACUUAAUACACACUUGUUCUUCCGGGAGAAAGUACAAGAUGAAGAAGGAUAUAUACUUUUUGUACGAAAGAAUGCAUUACAAGUGCUAAUACCAAAAUAUGGUUUGGAAGGAACUUUAUACUUGAAUGAAAAGAAAGAGUCAACUGUGUCAUUUACAUAUAACAGUGAAGAUCAUUCGCAGACUUAUGGGAAUAUUACGUUUCGUACAUUUGAUCCUGUUGUGGUGCAAAUUCGUUUAGAUAGAACUAAUGUACAGCAUGAGAAAUUAAUAUUUAAACUUGUUAAGCCAUACAUCCCAGGUUUUAGUGUACCUUCAGUAAGUGAAGGUGUUGCACACAUUGUGCAAUUAAAAAGUACAAUAGAAACACCUAAGCGAAAGCUUGAUGAAGAUACACCUAUGGAAGAUAUUACAGAUUCUGCAGAAAGCAAAAAGAAGAAAAAGAAGAAGAAGAAACCGAAACAUUUUGUACAUUAAAUAUUUUAAAUAUACACAACAAAAAAUAAAUAAUUUUAUAACCUAUAA